UACGAAUUCGUUCGUUGACUCGCGCAGUCGCAGUCGCCAGUCGAAAAUAAAUCGAAAAACUCAAAAACGUGGACGGUCGUCGCGCAUGCGCAAACCAAAAAAAAGAAAAGAAGAAGCUGCGAGGAAUAAAAAACCCCUACUCAUAUCCAGGAGCAGAAGUAAUGUGAAGAUGACCCCAAACUGACCGUAAGAUGAUCGAGGCCUUUGCGAAUCACCUGAGCAGCCACCUGGGACGCCACCUCUUCUACUGGGCCAUCGAAUCGAGCAGCGCCACUCCGGGAAACUACGGCCUCAACCUGCGGAUCUCCGAGCUGAUCAACAAGUUCCACGGCCUCGAAAGGGGAGUGCAGGUGCUGGACCACCUGCUGACCCUCGAGGAGGACGACUUCGCCGGCCACUGGGGCAGCGCCUACGCGCACAACUAUGAGCCGGAGUACGCCGCUCGAGUGCCGGAGAACGAGGAGCUGCCACCGCCAGAACACAUGGAAACCCUCAACAAUGGCAACGGGCUGCUCCACUCGCCGCCCCACAAUCACCAGCAACAGCAGCAGCAACAACAGCGAGGCGGAGGAGGAGCAUCGCCAGCCGGAGGCGGAGGAGGUGCCUCAGCCGGAGCGGAUCACAAUAUCCAGAUAACGCAGCCCAUCAGCGCCCCAUCCUCGCCGUUGGCCUCGCCGGGCGCCCUGAACAGCAGCAGCAGCAGUAGUGGAGGCGGCGCAGGUAGUGGCGGAGGCAUCUCCGGCAGUCCCACUGCCUUCUGUCUGCCCUCCAGUUCCGCUGCGGCGGCUGUGGCGGCCAUCUCGGCCACGCCAACCAGCGGCAGUGGAUCGUAUGUGUGCUCCGCCGGGACCAACUGGCAUUUCGCAGCCGUGGCGGCUUCCAACGCCAUCGAUACGGCGGAUCCCAACUGGCAGGCCAGCAAGGCGACGGUUCUCGAGAGGAAUGCAGCCAUGUUCAACAACGAACUGAUGUCCGAUGUCAAGUUCAUUGUGGGCGGAGAGUUCGACAUCGACCCCAUUCAAACCAUUCCCGCCCACAAAUACAUUCUCGCCACGGGCAGUUCCGUAUUCUAUGCCAUGUUCUACGGCGGACUGGCGGAGAACAAGCAGGAAAUCAAAGUGCCUGAUGUGGAACCCACUGCCUUUCUAACGUUGCUAAGGUACCUUUAUUGUGAUGAAAUCAAACUGGAACCUGAACACAUCCUGGCCACCCUGUAUGCUGCCAAGAAGUACAUCGUUCCGCAUUUGGCCAGGGCCUGCGUCAACUACCUGGAGGUGAAGUUGACGGCAAAAAACGCCUGCCUACUUCUCAGUCAAUCGCGUCUGUUCGAGGAGCCCGAGCUGAUGCAACGUUGCUGGGAAGUGAUCGACGCACAGGCCGAGAUGGCGGUUAAGUCCGAGGACUUUGUGGACAUUGACCUCAAGACCUUCGAGUCGAUCCUUUCGCGGGAGACGCUCAACUGCAAGGAGAUCCAUCUGUUCGAGGCGGCUCUUAACUGGGCCUUGAACGCCUGCGAGAAGAUGAGCAUCGAUGAUACUCCUCAAAACAAGCGCAGGCUGCUGGGACAGGCUUUGCACCUCAUCCGCAUUCCCACAAUGUCGCUCGAGGAGUUCGCCAACGGCGUGGCCCAGACAGGCAUUCUCUCGUCACAGGAGACAAUCGACAUGUUUCUGCAUUUCACCGCCAAGAUGAAGCCGUCGCUGGGAUUUCCCACACGCUCCAGGGCGGGAUUGAAGACCCAGGUCUGCCAUCGCUUCCAGUCGUGCGCCUAUCGUUCGAACCAGUGGCGCUACCGCGGACGCUGUGAUUCAAUUCAGUUCUCAGUGGAUCGAAGAAUCUUCAUUGUGGGCUUUGGACUUUAUGGCUCGUCGACUGGCGCUGCCAACUACAAUGUUAAGAUUGAACUAAAGCGCCUGGGUCGCACGCUUGCCGAGAAUGACACCAAGUUCUUCUCGGACGGAUCGAGCAACACGUUCCACGUGUUCUUCGAAAAUCCCAUUCAGAUCGAGCCCGAGUGCUAUUACACCGCCUCCGUGAUCCUCGACGGCAAUGAACUCAGUUUCUUCGGCCAAGAGGGCAUGUCGGAGGUGCUCAUGGGCAAUGUGACAUUCCAGUUCCAGUGCUCGUCGGAGAGCACCAACGGCACUGGAGUGCAGGGUGGUCAGAUCCCAGAGCUGAUCUUCUACGGACCCACCACCGUAACUGCAAUGAGUUCGCCCACAAACUCGGUGUGUGCCACGCCCAUUGGUGGUGGAGGAGCCACCUCAACCACAGCAGCAGGCGGGACAGCUACUUCAAAUGGCAGCAAUGGAUCUGGCAAUAACGCCAACGGUUCUGGGGAGGAUCUGGCCGGCGAUGGAAGCACCUGAUGCGCACAGCUCUACUGCGCCGAGUGGCAGGGAGCCUGCUACUACCGCCAACAGCAGCAGCAGCAACAACAGAAGAGACCAACACAACAAUACAAAACACAGCAACCACAACAGCUACAGAUACAAAAUCGAAACUCAUGGGUUCUCAGUGCAACACAACAAAGCAAAUUGGAGUUUUAGGCGCAUAUAUACACAUAUAUAUAUAUAUAUACCAAGAUAGUAGAGUGCUCUAGUUUUCGUAAUAGUCACAUAUAUAUACACCUCGGCAGUGCGUUUUAAAGCUUUAAGACGGUUGUCAGAACAAGAUCAUCUCAACUAGAAAGUCACGCGAUGCAAGUCAUUCGAUAUAAGGAUUUUUCGGUAAUUGAAAAGAUUUCCUUCGUUAUCCCAAGUAUGUUAAGCAAGUUAAUUUCGACGGUUUUGCAGUUCUAAAACGCACUGUACAUAGUUGUUGGUAAUGCAUAUAAAAAUAUUUUCGAAAUCGAAACAAGUUGAACAUAUACACCCAGAACUAUAUAGAUACAGAUUAAUAGAUGACUCGAAAACUUAAUACGUUCCACGAUUUGAGAGGGCGGGGUGGGGUAAAAAGGGCGCUAUAUAGAGACGCAUACGUAAAUGCAAUAAGUGAAAAUCGGGCAAUCAGUCAAGCUAGCGUUAACCAAUAUUCUAAAGAGAGUUAAAGGGACAGUGGAAACAAACUAAUACGAUAUAUACCAAACAUAUUUUUGCCAGCAUAUACCCAACAUAUAUACAUACAUCUGAUCUGAUAAUGAUAUAUACACGCAUAUAGAUAAACUAUAGACCUAUACACUCGAAGGGAUAAUAAGCCAUGUUAGGAAGUGCAUACGACGAAUUUGAAAGCCAAGUUAACCAGUUUACGAAAUAGGAAAGAACAAAGAAAUCAAAGGAUCUUGUACGAGUAUGCGCACAAAAUCUCUUAAUAUAUAUAUUCGAAUAUUAAUCUUGUAGUAUGCAUUAUCUCUAUUUCGUAGUUGUUCCAUUAUAGCUCUCAUAAAUACACAUAUGCCUUUCUACUGAUA